AUGGGUAUCUUUCAAGAGACUUGGAAGGACAUUCCAGCUUUUAGGCCGCACAAGCUGCCAGAUGGCACGUUCGAAUACGUGCGUCUCAAAAGUGCCGGUCCGCACCAAGCAAACCCCGAGGUGGUAGCCACACGCGACACGGGUGCAUUUGUUGAGGCACUGAUUCUUCAUCAACCGGCCGGCACCGACGUCCUGGGUGCCAACGGAUACAAGACUGCCAUUGUGGACAAUUUCAGAUUUUUUGCAGAGUAUGGUUACGCUGAUGGAAAUCCCAAGGUCAAGACUCCUGCGGAAAUGGGCAUCAAGACAACCUCCUUGGAGGAGUUUUCUCGGGGUGAGGAUUGGAGUAUAGUAUUGAAAGGGGAGAUCUAG